AUGAACCGGUAGUGAUUACUGGUGGUCGUGUGUCAUCGUUUUAACUUUUAUAUACAUUUCAUAUAUAUGUGUUCGUUUUAGCUAUGUUUUAGCUGUUUAAGAAACAACAUAAUUAAUGUUUGAUUGCUUAUUCAGCUAGACCAUGAGGUGGCCAUCGCUUAGUGUAGUCCUGUCUGGGCUUUUCAUCGCAUAUCUGUCUCACACGACGUGGACGAUGUACCAACUGUUCUUUCCAGCGGCAUGCCAACAAGGUGGCCAGGCAAGAUGUGUGAAGCCAUAUUUGCUACGCAAUCCCAAAUUGCAGCUCUUAGUUUAUGUUUCAACAAAGGUGAAGGUAUCGUCAACAAAGUAUCUGGAUCUCAUUUGGAAACAUGAGAAUUUCUCAGUGGACCAAUCUGCUGAAUAUGAGGUAAACAUCACCCUCCCAGAAGCAACCAAAAAGAAUGGCACUCUCUUUGUGCACGUGUGCGUGCUUCCAAGAACUGACCAACCAUUCCUGAGUCAACGGAUGGUAUAUCAGUCCGGGCAACUCAGCACUUAUAUGAUUCCCCGGGCAAAGGCAUACAACCUGAUGGGCGAAGAGGGCAUGAUCACAGACAGCAUACGAGUGCCAGUCAGUCACUUGCAGUCUGUAUUGAAGCUGAAUGUGGUCAGUGACAUAAUUGCUUUCAGCAGAGAAGCAUUUCCACCUGAGCUCUUCAGGUUUGCCAGAAUAUCACCAGAAGGGGAUUAUCUACCACUGCUCUACAUAGAUGAUGUGUCUACAAGAAUUAGAAAUCUAAAGGAAGUGAACAGCAGUAGCAAGACAAUGCCCCUCUUCAUCAGUUAUUCACCGAUAUCUGUUGGGAAACUUAGACUCUGGUCACAGCUCCAGGAAUCUAUGCGCCUCAUGCACGUACUCGGCUUCUCAGAAAAGGACACUGAUGAAGUGAAGGGACUAUUUGCUGACACAGGAUUUUAUCUCUUGAUGAUGACGUUUGGAGUAUCAGCCCUUCAUCUGUUAUUUGACUUCCUGGCAUUCAAGAAUGAUAUCAGCUUUUGGAAGUCUAGAAAAUCAAUGGAGGGACUAUCUACCAGGACAGUCGUUUGGAGGUGUAUAAGUCAGACCAUCGUCUUUAUGUACCUGUGCGACCAGGACACCAGUCUUUUAAUCCUGAUUCCAGCUGGUAUAGGUUCCGUGAUUGAGCUGUGGAAAGUGAAGAAAGCCUUGAAGGUCACCAUAACCAUAUCGGGCUUUUUACCAAAACUAAAGCUUGGGAGUGCCAAUGAUAAAGAGAAGUUGACCGAGGAAUUCGAUUCUCAGGCCAUGAGAUAUCUUUCAUACGCACUAUAUCCACUAUGUGCUGUCGGCGCCAUCUAUUCAUUAUUAUACACACCUCACAAAAGUUGGUACUCGUGGUGUGUCACCAGUUUAGUAAAUGGAAUCUAUGCAUUUGGAUUUCUCUUUAUGCUACCUCAGCUAUUUCUCAACUACAAGCUAAAGUCUGUUGCACAUCUGCCAUGGAGGGCAUUUAUGUAUAAGGCAUUCAAUACGUUCAUAGAUGAUGUCUUCGCGUUUAUCAUCACCAUGCCGACUGCUCACCGCUUAGCCUGUUUCCGUGACGAUAUAGUCUUUGUGGUCUACUUGUAUCAAAGAUGGUUGUACCCGGUGGACAAGACAAGAGUCAACGAGUUUGGCCGUUCCUACGAACACGAGGUGGAGAAGGACGAGGGGAAGAAGAAAGUGGAGUGACGCUGGCCGCACGUGGCUUCCCGAUUUAUCACAGGAUUCUGCGCUGGGUAAUAGCAGAGGGCGAGGAGGCUGGCGCGCUGUCGAAGCCGCUACGGUAAAUGCCCAGGACCUGAUCUCGCAUUUCUCCUUCCAGUGAUACACCCGCCAUGAUUUACGUCGUGUGGCGGCUCGUGCGGCGUUCGCACUCCGGCCUUCGAACACAAUGGUCUAUAUAUAUAUAUUUCCCGCGAACAGCUCGAGGAGAGAUAUAGGGGAGCCGCCUCAUCCUCAUCCGCCCGUCCCGCAUCUCGGCACGAAGUCCGGGAUGCAAUGGUAGUGAUUGUGACGCGAAAUCGUUCAAACAUUUUUCGUCGCAAACGCGUUGUCUAUAAUCCGGCGGCUACGGUACUAAGCUGGAGCCGCCACAUUGACGCAGUAAAAUGCGGUUAUAAUUUAUUGUACUAGUGUGAUUUAAUGUGACGAGUGUUUGAUGGUAAGGGGUAGGGUGGCGGAACGAGAACCAGGGCGAGAUUUGUUUACUAUGUGUGUAUAUAUAUAUAGAUAAUAUCAAGAGCUAUAAUAAAUACCUAAUAGCUAAUAGGUAUAUA